GGCGGAGCUGUGACUGUGAAGCCGCACCCAGAGAGGAAAGAGAGGAAAAAGGGCAGGAGGGAGGAGAAAUUACCCCCCGAUAGAGGAGAGAGAGAGGGCAAGGGAGCCGCUGCGAGGCAAGAGAGCAUCGAACCGAGAGAGGAAAGGAGGAAAAAGGGGCAACACGGACGCGCCGCGGCGGAGAAAAACAGCGAAACCUCCAUCCGUCACAAUAACAAGCGGCGCAGAGUGAGUGAGAGACAGUGACAGAGAGAUAGAGAGAGAGAGUGAGGAGCUGCUGCUGCUCUGCUCCACUCACACAUCACAUCAGGAUGAUCGCCCUGUUCAACAAGCUGCUGGACUGGUUUAAGGCUCUCUUCUGGAAGGAGGAGAUGGAGCUGACCCUGGUGGGCCUGCAGUAUUCCGGGAAAACAACGUUUGUCAACGUGAUCGCGUCGGGCCAGUUCAGUGAGGAUAUGAUUCCUACUGUUGGCUUCAACAUGCGGAAGAUCACCAAAGGAAACGUCACCAUCAAGCUGUGGGAUAUUGGUGGUCAGCCCCGAUUCCGCAGUAUGUGGGAGAGGUACUGCAGGGGCGUCAGCGCUAUAGUGUAUAUGGUUGAUGCCGCAGAUCCAGAGAAGAUUGAAGCCUCUAAGAAUGAACUGCACAACUUGUUAGACAAGCCGCAGCUGCAGGGCAUUCCUGUUUUGGUUUUGGGCAAUAAGAGAGACCUGCCGGGGUCGCUGGACGAGAAGGAGCUCAUUGAGAGGAUGAAUCUGUCAGCCAUUCAGGACCGAGAGAUCUGCUGCUACUCCAUCUCCUGUAAGGAGAAGGACAACAUCGAUAUCACACUACAGUGGCUGAUCCAGCACUCCAGAAUCAGGCGGAGCUGAGAGGAGAGCGGCUGAUUGGAGGAACAGAACCAUGACAUCACCUCCUGUAGCUUCAGUCAGAGAUCCAGGAGUGUUCAGCGGCUCUGCUUCAGAUUAAGGCCGUGAUCACUUAUCGAUCUGUUGAUGAUUAUCGAUAACGGCCGUGAAAUUGAUGAGUAGAAUUUUUUUACUUUCCGUUUUGCAAGCGUGAGCGUUCCACGCUCCGAUCCGCGCUCUGAAACUCCAGCCCUGGUUUUACCUCAUUUUAACACAGUGAGUGGUCCUGAGAGGGAGUCGCCGCGCGGCUACACGGAGAAAACGGCACCAGAAACAGUAUUUUUCACUCGUAUUCGGGGUCUAGACUUUCGAUCUGGUGUGCUUUUUUAUUAAACACACACAAAGAAAAGUCCAUCGAGCAGUAGUGACCUUAAAGUGAUCAGUUUUUUAAAGGCGUGGACUUUUAAAAACGACAGACUCUGAGCUGAAGCUCUGCAGCAGCACCGUGAGUGUGGAGGCUCUGCUUCAGCUCAGAGCUUUAAAAGGAGUGAAAAACAUUCGCAACAACCACCUGAAAGACGGCUUUACGGUACGCGUCCACUUACUACACGGCCACAUGCUGUUCACUUCGGUUGAGAGCUCAGAUUAUAGGAAAGUUGCGUGCGGAAGUCCGGAGAGGCCAUGAGGUAGAUGUCAUUUUCUAGAUUGUUAUCUUGAGAUAACGAGUUAAUU